AGAUCUCUUAUUAUUCUAGGUCUCUAUCUAUUUGGGAUUAAAGUUCCACUUUUUAUGUGAAAUUAUAUAUUUUUAAAUGGUUUUAUCUUGUGGGUCUUGACAAAAAGUUCGAAAAAAGAUUAAUUUGGAGGGAUAUGUUUUGGCUCCUUGGAUGGUGGUAGCGUGUUUUCGUUUUUGGUUUUGAUACAAUUGUGUGUAUUUUUCAUGUUUGUUUGCCUCGAAAGUCUUUUCUCUGAUGGGUCGUGGGUCAACUUAGAAACUCAUUUCAAAAUUUGUUAGAAAACGUUUGCCGUAGCACUUUGUUGACAAGCUGGAAACUAUUUUUGCCGAUAUAUAAUCAAUGGGUUCUGAUAUCUUGUACUUUUAAAUUGCCUGCUUGAGUACUUGUAUUGAGUUGAGGUGAAAAAUAGGAUCAAUAUUCGAGUUUUAGUACCUUUUUAGACCUGAUGGGAAUGAAGUUUGGUUAUGCUUUUAUGGGUUUUAAUUGAGCCUAGGUAAUUUGUUUAUGAGGAGGUUAUUCAUUCUAGAAAAUAAGACUAUACAAAGGGGGAGAUUGAGAAAUUGUUUUCUUCUUGUUUUGUCACCUGUAUUAAUACUUCUGGUUUCAAAUUCUGAUUCUAUUUGGUUGUGAUUUAGCAAUGGACCAUCAUUGGUACAAUGGUAGACAAGAAACAAGCAACCGUGACAAGCGGCAACAAGUGAUGGAACAGGCAUAUCAGGAGUCACUUAUUGAAGAUUUGGCUGAGGAAUUCCGCUUGCCAAUUAACCACAGGCCAACAGAAAAUGUUGAUCUGGAUAAUGUGGAUCAAGCAUCAUUAGAUACACAGUUGACUUCGUCUAACAUUGGGUAUAGGCUUCUACAAAAAAUGGGUUGGAAAGGGAAAGGUCUUGGGAAGGAUGAGCAAGGAAUUACUGAACCUAUAAAAUCUGGGAUUAGAGAUGCGAAAUUAGGGAUUGGAAAACAAGAAGAAGAUGACUAUUUUACUGCAGAAGAAAAUAUCCAACGUAGAAAGCUUGAUGUUGAGGUAGAAGAGACUGAAGAACAUGCAAAGAAACGGGAGGUCUUAGCAGAACGUGAGCAGAAAAUUCAAACUGAGGUGAAAGAAAUACGCAAGGUGUUUUAUUGUGAUCUCUGCAACAAACAAUACAAAUUGGCAAUGGAAUUCGAAGCUCACCUUAGCUCAUAUGAUCACAACCACAGAAAGCGUUUUAAAGAAAUGAGAGAAAUGCAUGGUACAAGCAGUCGGGAUGAUCGUCAAAAACGAGAGCAGCAACGUCAAGAAAGGGAGAUGGCCAAGUUUGCUCAGAUGGCGGAUGCCCACAAGCAGCAGCAGCAGCUACAACAGCAGCAAGAAGAAUCUGGGUCUGCUCAACUUUCGAGUGAAGUGAAAAGUACUUCUUUACUCACAGAUCAGGAACAAAGGAAGGCUUUGAAAUUUGGGUUUUCUUCUAAAGGUGGCACUUCUAAGAAAUCAUCUGGUGCUACUACAAAGAAGCCAAAAGUAGCCGUUGCCUCUGUUUUCAACGAUGAUAGUGAUGAAGAAAAAUGAGGCCUAUUGUUGAUAAUUGGGCAUGACCACUGUGUAUUCUAUCAGCAGCUCCAAUUGGCUUCUGGGUUAGCAUUUAUGUUGUACAACUUAAACUGUACGUGCAGUAGUUUUUUACACUUUGUAACAGAAAAAGAGUCUGAACAUCUAUUGAUAGGUUUUGCUAUACAUCCACGCAGAAUAAUCGAAUAUUUUACAGACUACAUAUACUGUUUUGAAAGUUUGAUUUUUAUGAUGAAUGCUUAAUUUUUUCACAAUUCUUGUUA